AUGUGAACCACCGACAAAGCGCACGUGUUCAAAAACAUAACCUUACAAUUUCUUGUAUACAUUCCUUUAUCUUUUUAAAGAAUACAGUAGUGUCUUAACAAAACCAUGAAGCGAUUAUCCGAAGAAAGAACAAAAAAAUUAUUCGAAAAGUUGUCUCUAUAUAUUGGAUCCAACAUAAAACUGCUUAUCGAAAGGCCCGAUGGAUUAUAUUGCUUCAGAGAACAGAAAGAUCGCGUCUACUACGUAUCAGAAAAAGUCCUUAAAAUUGGUGAGUCUAUUCCACCUGAACAUUUAGUUUCUGUUGGAACAUGUUUUGGAAAAUUUACAAAGACGAACAAAUUUCGUCUACACAUUACUGCGCUUAACUAUUUAGCUCCGUAUGCACAGAAUAAAUUGUGGGUGAAACCGUCAAUGGAACAGCAGUUUUUAUAUGGUCAUAAUAUAACAAAGUCUGGUCUUGGGAGAAUUAGUGAAUCAACCGAAAAAUUCCAAGGUAUAAUUGUCUUUAGUAUGUCAGAUGUGCCAUUGGGUUUUGGAGUAGCAGCACGAUCGACUACCGAUUGUAGACUAGCAGAUGCACUUGCUGUAGUUUGCUUUCAUCAAGCCGAUAUUGGUGAAUAUAUUCGAUCAGAAAGUGACAUAUUGUAAUUUAAAUGAAAGUUAUAUUAAAUUAAAAUAUAUUUUAAGAUUAAUU